GUCGAAUUUGACAAUAAACAAUUUUUGACAGCUGUUAAACGAGUCAACAACAAUUUUUACGUAAAUAACUGUUGUUUUUCGCCAUCCUUUGUUUGCAAACCUCGCCAACAACAAAGGCAUGGCCAGACGGUCCGCGAACUUAAUAUGACUCAGGUGUAACAACAAAAGCAGUGAAGUUCUUCGGCGAAAAUGGCUUCGAGAAACAAAUCCGGGCAAAAAAAUGACGAUCACAGCGUGGAGACUUUGGCAGAGGUAUUCAGGUGUUUUAUCUGCAUGGAAAAGCUGAGAGACGCGCAUUUAUGCCCCCAUUGCUCCAAGUUGUGCUGUUAUGUGUGCAUUAGGAGAUGGCUUACUGAGCAGAGAAGCCAGUGUCCCCAUUGCAGAGCCUCGUUGCAUCUGCAUGAGCUUGUAAAUUGCCGCUGGGUUGAGGAAGUCACCCAACAAUUGGACACUUUGCAAGCUGUCAGUCUUAAUGGCAGUAGAACUGAUGAAAAUGACAGAGACAAGUGUAUUUCUCAUUUUGAGAAACUGUCUGUGUACUGUUGGACAUGUCGAUGCUGCAUAUGCCAUCAGUGCGCCCUAUGGGGUGGGACCCAUUCAGGUCACACUUUCAAACCUCUCGAUGAGGUUUACGAGCAGCAUGUGACCCAAAUCAAGGACGAGGUGGCUCAGUUGAGAAGAAGACUUAUGGAAUUGAUCAGUAUUGUGCAGGAGGUGGAAAGAAACGUCGAAUCUGUUAGAUCGGCGAAAGAUGAUAGGGUUAGAGAGAUUAGAAAUGCUGUCGAAUUGAUGAUUGCAAGACUGGAUUCACAACUAAAAACCAAAUUACUAACUUUGAUGGGGCAGAAAGAUUCCUUGACUCAAGAGACUGAGCAACUAGAGCACUUGCUCCACGAAAUAGAGCACCAACUUCAUACAUGCACACGCUCGGAGUUGAUCUCAAAAAGCAGCGAAUUAUCGAGGAUGAUUCAUGCUAUAAGAAAAAAGCCUAUGACCAGUUUUGUCACUGCUCCAGUUCCAGCUGAUUUUCAUAGCGAAAUUGUCCCUUCUUAUGAUAGCAGCACAUUUGUGAUGCACUGUUUCUCUCAGCUGCAACGCAAAGCUGACCCUGUAUAUUCCACCCCAUUGCACUGCAAUGGCCUAUGUUGGAGACUAAAGGUCUACCCGGACGGCAAUGGAGUUGUCCGGGGGAACUACCUCUCAGUUUUUUUGGAGCUAAGCGCCGGAUACCCGGAAACCUCAAAAUACGAGUACCGAGUGGAAAUGAUCCACCAAUCGAGUCGCGACUCCUCCAAAAACAUCGUAAGGGAGUUCGCCUCCGAUUUUGAGGUUGGGGAGUGCUGGGGUUACAACAGGUUCUUCAGGUUGGACCUACUGGCGAGCGAGGGGUACCUCAACGUUGCUUUAGACACGCUCGUCUUACGGUUCCAAGUAAGAGCUCCAACUUUCUAUCAGAGAUGCAGGGAUCAACAAUGGUACAUCAACCAGUUACAAACAGUGCAAAAUCAGUAUAUUUCGCAGAUAAACGAGUCCAAAGAGAGGUUGGCAGCGGAAAUUUCUAGAAACGCGGUUGCAGCCACCUUGGGCAACGUUCAGCCGGUGGAUAUGGGUGGGGUUUUAGUAAAAAGUCUUUACAACAUGACCCUAACCGGGGCCGUAAACGCCGAAUCCAUGGAAGCGACAACGUCGCAAAGGAGUUUACCGGAAAAAGCGUACCCUUUACCCGCGGAUCUGCAGCACAUACAGGCGAUGUACAAAGCUAAAAAUCCCACGAUCGUUGGGGGCUGUCCCUGCUCCUCGACCACAGGUCCAACGGAGGCAACUGCCUCUUCGGCCUCUGUUGCCAGUUCGACUUCGGUUUCCCCCGUCAAAACCUCGGCCGUUUCCGCGUCGAAAAAGAUAGUUCCGAUCGAGGAGGGGCCGAGUUUGGGAGCGGACCUGCCCGGGAAUCCCCGAGCGAUACCGGGGAUUCCCGGACUCGGUGUCUCCCUGAGUUCGCCGAAUCUGCUGAAUUUGUCCAUGUCGAUGACCAUUACAAGCAGUAGCAGCAGCGAAAGUGAACUAAGCGAAAUAGAAAACGAAUAUGAACCGGAUUCGAAUGCUGCCACGCAGGGAACAGGUGGAGAAAUAUCCAAUGAUGAAAAUGAUGUGGACUUGGAAACUAUGUCAGGUGAAAACGACGUCGAGUACGCGGAAUUCUCCAUGGCGCAGCGCCUGAUGAUGCGCGCGUCCAGCCCCAGGACCACGGUGAGGAUAGGAGGACCGGGGUUGAAACCGAAACAAAUGGCGAACGCCCUGCCGCUCGCCAUGGAGGAACGCCUCAACCAGCUGCAAUUCCCGUUCCUACAUUAUUCGCAGCAUCUGCCCAGCAAAGACGAGGCGGCGGGUGGGGCGGCGCCAGACGCCGCGCAGGCUUCCGCCAAGCAAGACGAUGACCAAGAAUCUAAAAAGAUACUUAAACAGAGAUUCAAGGGUCAGUUGGAAGCUCAAAAUGCAGCAGCUGGGCCUUCUUCCAUACCUGGCAUUUGGACUGAAACAAUACCAUUGACCCAAAAUACAAAAGAGUCGGUGAUGGGUCCGCUGGAAUCCUUCCUGAGAUCCAUCAACUGCUACCCCGAGCACGACCAGAACCGAAAGAAAGAGUGCGCGGCCAAAGACAAGCGCCGCGUCGCGCAGGCGCCGUACUUCCCCCUCCCCGCCCUGCAGCCGUCCUCGCCGCCGCCGUUGGGCGACAACAUCGACAGCGUGCAACCGUCGUCUUCGACAGAUUGCGCAGGUUUCGUGUGGUCGCCGUCGCUCCUGAGCCAGCGGAGGCCGUCGUCGAAGAACUCCAAGCAAAACCAGCCGGACUCCACGAGGCCGGAGAAGGAGCCAAAAAAGCCAGAUACUCAACCCCACUCUGCUUAAGCCAAUCCAACGUAUUAUGUAGUUUAAAUUUAAUUUAAUUCAAUUACUUAGCAAUAGUUUAAUUUUUUCCUAUUAAAUUAAUUUAAUAAUAAUAAAAACAUCGCCAAAUUGAAUGGCAUGUUGUAAAACUAAUAAUAUUGACUAAAAGUUUCGCUCUAUCUCUAAAAAUGUUUACAUUCCAAGUAAAGGAAUUGUUAAAUUUGUUAGGCUGUGUAUGUUAUAUAAAGCUAUUAAUAGAUGUUACUAAUAUUAUUCUUGAGUGAUGCUUGAUGUUGAGAAAUAAACUCUUUAAAAUUUAUAUUUUGUUUUAUUUCUUACCCUCGCUAGUGUAUGGAGGAAUUACGAUAAAACAUUUCCAGACCAGUUCUGUGGAAUACAAAUAUGUCUUUUUAACAAUGAUUUGAGUUUGUUGCUACGCUCC